GACAUCCAACACAUCCAGAUCAAGACCAAGAAAAAAAGGAGUUCGCGUGUAUUAGGGGUUUUACGAUCCUCGGCGUCACAUCCGGGUCAAAUAAUUUAACCCGGAAGGGAAGCUGUUUUGGACUCAACAAAUUCUGCUGUAACAGCGGGCCCUACCUCCACCUCAGUUGGGGUUUUAACAGUUUCAGCGGGAUGUCGUUCCCUUCUACCUUCGGUACGCAGCUCGCCGCCUUCAUGGACAAGCUGACGAAAGCUGUGGUGGCCGAAAUCACGAAGCUGGUGGAGGAAGGGUGCUUGGAUCUGCGCCUGGAGGUGCGCCAGAGGGACGUGGAUAUCCAGGAUCUGCGGACCAGACUGAAGAUGAUGGAGGCUGAACUCUGUAAGGCUCAAGAAGCUGCUGCACGACGAACCACAGAGGAGGAAAUGCAGAAAAACUCACAGAAUCAAAUCCUGCAGGAUUCUUAUGAGGAUCAUCAAAUUGACGUGGCAUAUCCUGAUUUAAAAUCUGCUGAUCUACUCUGUGAAGACUUCAGUGGAUUAGAUGAGAACCGUAACGUCUCUCCAGUGAUUAAGCCUGAGCCAGAAAAUGGAUUUCACAGCACAGACGCCGGGGAUCACAUGACAACGGAUGUUGUUGGUCCCAAAGUAGAAGGUGGAGGUGAUGUAGUCUGGAGUGCUUGUCGUAUGUUUGAAAACAGCUCCGUUUCAGCGCAACAGCACACACCGAUAAUUCCAUCAAACGUUGAGCAGUAUUCUGUUUGCAGAAACCCACAAAAUUCUUCAAACUUUUUAUUGUCUUCAGAUCAGCAGGUGGCUGACGAUCGUUUAGUUGUGCCAGUAAAGGUGGAAGAAACAACUCACCCUGUCAGCAUGGGAACUUCUACUUCAGACUCUGUUUAUAACAAAGAUGUUAGACAGGAUUUGUGCAUGCAGGCCGCAUCAGAACACGCUUGGCCAUCAGCAGCUUUGCAUCAGCGAUCCACAGCAAACACGUCACAAUCAAAUGAGGAAGAUGGCACCAGAUCCUCCAUCAGAACAAAAAGAUUAACUCUUGUUUGCAAGACAAGUCAGAAAGUCUUCAUCUGCUUGGAGUGUGACAAAAGUUUCUACUACUUAUCUCAGCUCGAGCAGCACAGAACCACCCACCAAUCCUUCAAACCCUUCAGGUGCCUUGAAUGCGGGAAAUGUUUCACCCAGAAGACCCGGCUGAAAACGCACCAGAGAGGGCACACGGGCGAGAAGCCGUAUAGCUGUGAAUUCUGUGGUAAGUUGUUUUCCAGGAAGGACAACUGCCACAGACACGAGCGGUUCCACAGUGGAGUUAAGCCUUACAGCUGUAAGAAGUGUGGCAAAAGCUUCACCAUGCUGGGGAAGCUCAGGAAGCACGAAGAGAGUCACCUGCUGGGAUAAAAUAAUAGAAUCGACACAUUUGUCUGUUUAUCUUGUAUUAGCUGUUUUAAAAAUAGUUUGCAGAAUUUUUCCAUUUAAUUUUGAGCUUUCAGUUUUAUAUUAUUAUUUAAAUUAUACUGAUUUCUAACCUGCUCGAUGUGUCUUGUUUUAUUCAACUUAUUUUGUUGAUAUGAAAUAGAUGCAUAAGUAUAAAUGAAAUAAGUUAAAUCACAAAAUAUGUAUAAUAAAUGAUUUAUUCUUAAAAUGAACUAUUUAUUUGGUAUUUUCUUUUUUAAUGCAAUUAUAUAACAAAAUAACAGCCAUAAAUAAGUUAAAUUGACCUUUGCCAAUUGUAGCUCCUCCACCAGAGGGCAGUUUGAUGAAGGUACUAAUCCUCAGACUCCAUCAUAAUUUCAAGUGAAUUUGCAACAAGAGUCCAAUGAGUUACAUCAGUCAACACCUUUGAUGUCACGUAUAACUUGUGUAAUAUAAUAGAGGGUAAAUUUGGUUAAGUAAAUUGUUUGAAAAGCUAUUUAUAUUAUCACCACUACUUGUGACCAAUAAGUGGUGAUACUCUUAUUUAACUAGAAUAGCACCUGCUUGGUCUUAUUGUUUUAGUCAGAAGAUUCUAAGAUUCUUUUAUUCAUUAAGGGAUCGGAUCGAACACACCGCUUUGAUUCAAGAAGCAGUCAGGUUUAUAAAUAAAGUAAGAAUUGAUUUUACAAACACUUAAGACUUGACACAUUGUUGAAACUAUUAUUUACUGUGAGUGGAUGCGAACUAAAGGAUAGUCUGGAACCUAUGUGUGAAUAUAAUGUAUUCAGAAUCUCCGUUCUCAGAGCUGAGUUCUGGAUAUGAAAGAAUUUGGUUUGCGUUAAGCUAUGAGUUGUUAUUAUCAAAACCACAUGCAGAACGCUAUCUCGCUGUGCACUUCUUCACCCGUUUGGGGACCCCAUUUGGAUUUGAGAUGUCCAGGAGCCGACGACCCCACUGCACCUGGUUCGUAGAGAAACCUCGAUGCGACCAAAUCAGUCCUCAGAUGUCUCCGGGUCACAACGAUAGAUGAAACCAAGCGUCUUAAAAAUAACUCUGAAAAAAAAAAAGUUAAAGUCCCAUUAGUU